GCAGCACGGUCUUCGUAGACCAAGCGCUCUUGUCAAGGAACGCUAUCCCCGCUCGGAUCCCUUAGUCGCAGACCUGAUUGAGUCGAAGCUUCAGCGGCUCGUGGCAGGACGAUCACGAAGGAGCCCUGGUAAUCUUAGUUUACCACAUAUAUCCAGUAUCAGUCCUCUGCUCUGCCAAGCACGAGGGGGAAUUCGCGCCAACACAGCUGCAUGUCCUCAAUGCGGCAGGAAGCUGUUUGAACAGGUGUCUAAGGUACAGCAACAACAAGCGGGUGCCAUCAUGAUGGUUUCAGAGGGUAACCCUGUGUUUACCCCGCAUCCUACCCCUCAGCCUGCUCCCAAUGGUGUUCGCACAGCUGUCAACUUAGUGGCCUCCCCUGGGCCCAACAUGGAGGCUCGCUUUGCCAGGAGCCUGGCUCAGCAGGAGCAGCGCUUCAAGGAGCUGUGCGAGACUCGGCUGUUUCUGGAUGCUGAGACGCAACAGCAGGCGUGGAGUUUGUUCCUCAAGUGCGAGCCAUUCAUUGCAGCCAGUGCAGGCGUGGCAGGAAACUCGUUGGAGGACACUGAGAACCUGUGGCGCGCAUGUGCGCUGCACACCAUCAAGAAGCUCAGCCGGGGGCUUACUGCAGGAUUCACUCUUACCCAACUGCUCCGCGCCUCAAACAUUAACUUGGUUGAUUUCUUCAAUGAGUUCGAUUAUUACCUGGACCAUGCUGGCCCGCGACUUGCGGCAGACUUUGGAGCGGGGGUGGAGAAAAGGUUGCAGGUUAAGGAGCUCCAGGAAGACUUUGUGAAGCUGACAGUGCUGUUUGGCAAGUACAAGAAGGACUUCCUUGAGCUCUUCUCUUUGGAGCCUUCCCAGGGGCCUUCCCCGGCCUUCUCCUCCCCCCCUCGCCGCGGUAGCUCUGCUGCCCCCCCCCUGUCUUCCAGCCGCCCCUUCCGCCUGGGCUGGCUGCUCUUUGUGGUGGCCAAGGCGGAGGCACUGCCCCCCUUCCCGGACCUGGUCAGCUAUGGCAACCUGCUCAUCUGCAUCCUCCACGUGCUGCUCCUCCACAUGCCCACGCCCCUGCGCACUGCCGCUUUCUCCGACGCCGUGCGCUUCCCCGUCCGUGGGCCCGGGGGUGUGGACGUUCUCGGGUCGCUUUGCGCUACGUACCAGGCGGACCGCGACACGGUGCAGCGACUCAUGGCUCAGGUGGGGGCAAUCCUGGCAGCGCAUGCCCUGCCGCCCGCCAGGAGGGCACAGAACAUAGGCGCGGACGAUCCCGCCGUGGACAAAACUGCUGGCGGGUACUGCUGCUUUCCGGGGCUCUUGGAGGGCGGCCACCUUGAAGGCGCGAUCCGCGCGCUGGACAAGCGGUACGCGGAGGUUCUGCAGCGGGGGGGCGACGUCGACGAGCGCUCCUUCCUGGACCCCAGCCCGGCCGCCACCCUGGGCACGCCUGCGCACCUCACCCCCGCCUCCAAGCACCGCACCCUGCUCGACCGGCCCCCCAUCUGCGACCCCGACCCUGGCCCCGCCAUCAUUGCGCGCGCCGAGCGCGUCCUCACGAGCAUCUUCCCAACGUCCGCCGGCAGCGGGGCCGACGCGGGCGAGGGCGGCGACGUGCUGUCGGUGGGUAGUGUGCUGGACGGGCAGUGGGCGCGCGUGCGGCGCGCGGAGAGCGGCAAGCUGUACUGGCGCGUGCUGGGGGCGAUUCUGGCAGGCGAGGCGCGCGUGGGGCGCGGCGGCGCGGCGGGGGCGCUGUUGGGGCAGGACACGUUCCACCGGUGCCUGCUGGCGCUGUGCAGCGAGCUGGUGCUGGCCAGCCACAAGAGCACGCUCAUGGCCUUCCCCGCGGUGCUCAAGCCGGCGCGCGUCACCGCGUUCGACCUGAUCAAGGUCAUCGAGGCGCUCGUGCGCGCGGAGGAGAGCCUGCCGCGCGAGCUCAAGCGCCACCUCAACAGCAUUGAGGAGAAGAUCCUGGAGAGCCUCGCCUGGGAUAGGGGCUCGUCCAUGUACACGUCGCUGUACACUCUGCGCAAGGCGCAGGCCACCCCCGAGGCGCAGGCGCAGGUCCUUGAGAUGGAGCGCCUCCACCUUCUGCCCGGGGGGCCACCCCCCGACCCGACCCCAUCUGGGGCCCCCGAGAGAGCAGCCAGAGAGGCGACCCCCCCGGCAAAUGGAGCAGAGCCCAAGACCGUUGAGCCUGGUCCAAGAACAGCAGCGGCACCCGGCGAGCCCCAAAACGAAACAGGAGACAAGGCGGAGAAAGGGGCGGAGGCGGGCCCGGGGCCCGGGUCACAGGCCGCAGCGGCGGAGGUCGGCUUUCGAAAGUGGACGGGGGGGAACGGGGGCGGGAGUGGGGUGGGCCUCAUGGGGAGCCCCCAGCGGACACGGGGGGCGGGGCCGGGAGCCGUCAAGCGGGCGGAGACGGUCAUCGCCAUGCUCACGCAAAAGGUGCUGAAGCUGCUGGCGAUGCGGCUGCGCAGCCUGGGCGAGCGGCUGGGGCUGAAGCGCGGCGUGGGGGAGGCGGUGUACGCGCUGCUGCAGCACUGCCUCGCGGCGGAGACGCACCUCUUCUUCCUGCGCCACAUCGACCAGCUGCUGCUCUGCGCCAUCUACGGCGUCUGCAAGGUGUGCAAGGUGGACGUGACGUUCAAGGACAUCAUCGCGUGCUACCGCAAGCAGCCGCAGUACCGCCCCGACACCAUCCGCACCGUCGCGCUGAAGCACAACGUGCCGCUCCCCGACGCGGGCACGCCCCCCCGGCCGGACACCGGUGACGUCAUCAAGCUGUACAACCAGGUGUUUGUGCCACGUGUCAAGGCCGCCUUGCUGCGCGUGGCGCAGGAAACGGUCCCGCAACCAGAAGCCGCUCCAGUCGAGCCCGCGGGGACCGCCGCCCCUGGCUCGCCGCCCCGUGCGCCCCCUGCCUCUGCGCCUCUGCCCGGGUCCCCCUUCGCCAACCUUCCCGCUGCGGCUUUCUCCCCCAAGAAGGUCGCCAGCGGUAUCUAUGUGUCGCCACUCAAAGGCCACCGGGCGGGGCAGUACUUGGCGGCGACCCCGCGCAGUGCGGUGCUGGUGCUGGGCCAGUCCGACGACUACCAGAGCCCCUCACAGGCGCUCGCACGCCUCAGCGACCAGGUCAACGCCGCCAAGCCGAUGCGGCGACUGGGUCAGCUCAACUUCGACGAGGGGGCCGGUCCAGCCGCCAACGGGGGUGGCGGCAGCCAGAAAGCGCCCCCCCUGCCGCGGCGGCCAUCAGCGGACAGCGGGCGCGAGGACGCGUCCGGGUGGUCCUCGGGGACGUCCAACGGCUCCCCCGCGCGGCCGCCAAAACGACACAAGGCCGUGUAGCGGACAGCACCAGGUAGACGGAUACAAAAAGGAGCCUAUAUGGAGGAGGAAAUGGGGGGGAGGUGUGUCAGAAAGGGCGAGCAGCAAUUGCAGUGACACGUUGCUGCCACUCACCAUAUACUGAGGCCCAUGCCAUGGUUGGGGAGACAAACUCAAGUUUCCACAGUUUAGAACCUGUAUACAGCCACUGCCAGUAGCCCACGUUAGGACAGGUUUGUAGAGCAUGCCACCCGAACAGACACCGUGGGCCUGCACACUGGUACCUUGCUGAAGAUGGCUUACUGACAUAGCUCGACAAGCAGUGGCUGAAGCCUGGCAAUGCUAAACUUGUGGUUGGUCUGUUUGAUGUGCAUCCAAGACUUGUUUCGUCGUUCUGUG